UGUCGUGUCUGGUUGUGGGAAGAUUAGGCCUGUUAAGGGUUUUUUUGUUGUUUCUUUUACAUUGUAUUUUGUUCUCCGUUUGCCAUAUAAACCCCGAAUGCUCUGUCAUCGUAGUACGUUCCUGGGGCGCAUUGCUUCGCAGUACACUCGGUGGACAUUAACGGCUAGAACGAUGUCAACAAAUAAAUUUGACCUUCCAUCCCGCUACCAGGGUGCCACGAAGAGCGUAUGGGUGGAGUAUAUUCAGCUCGCACUGCAAUACAAACCGCUCAACCUUGGGCAAGGAUUCCCGGAUUAUCAUGCUCCGAAGUAUGCACUGGAUGCGCUUGCGGCCGCCGCCAACAGCCCGGACCCGUUGGCAAACCAGUACACCCGGGGAUUCGGCCAUCCUCGUUUGGUGCAGGCGCUGAGUCGCAUGUAUUCCGGUUUGGUGGGGCGUACGAUCAACCCCCUCAGUGAGGUUCUAGUAACAGUUGGCGCUUACGAGGCGCUGUACGCAACGAUUCAAGGUCAUGUGGACCAAGGGGACGAAGUAAUUAUUAUUGAACCUUUCUUCGAUUGCUACGAACCGAUGGUCAAAGCCGCUGGCGGUGUUUCGCGAUUUAUUCCGCUGGUUCCGAUGGUAACCGGUCGAACAAUAUCCUCCGAAGACUGGAAACUGGAUCCCCUGGAAUUGGCGAAACUUUUCAAUGAGAAAACGAAAAUGAUCAUCAUCAACACGCCGCACAAUCCCUUGGGAAAAGUAAUGAGCCGCCAGGAGUUGCAGAUGGUGGCGGAUUUGUGCAAAAAAUGGGAUGUCCUGUGCGUCGCGGACGAAGUCUACGAACACAUGGUGUACGAACCGUACGAGCACGUGCGCAUCUGCACGCUUCCGGAUAUGUGGGAACGCACGAUAACGAUCGGUUCGGCCGGGAAAACUUUUUCCCUCACCGGCUGGAAGAUCGGAUGGGCUUAUGGGCCGGAAAAUUUGAUGAGAAAUUUGCAGAUGGUGCACCAGAACUGUGUGUACACGUGCGCCACUCCCAUCCAGGAAGCGAUUGCGGUUGGUUUUGAAAAGGAACUGAACCAGUUGUCCAGCCCAGAGUGCUACUUCAAUAGCAUCUCCAAGGAACUAAUUACGAAGCGAGAUUAUAUGGCCAGAUUUUUGGAGGACAUUGGCAUGCAUCCAACGGUUCCACAGGGUGGAUACUUCAUGAUCGCUGAUUGGUCGAAGCUUGCCGGCCAGGUCGAUCUGUCGGGAGAAACUGAUCCGCGUCGCGACUAUCGUUUCACAAAAUGGAUGACGAAGAAUGUGGGGCUGCAGGGAAUACCGCCAUCGGCGUUCUACGCCGAAGAACACAUGUCGCUUGGUGAAGAUUUUGUGCGCUACUGCUUUUUCAAGCGGGAUGACACCUUGGAGCAAGCAUCUAGUAUCCUAACGGAAUGGAAAAACAAUAGCAAGUCUAAGUAAAUCUCACCGCUUUCGAUAGCAGUUGAAAUCGUGGUUAAUAACAAUAAAAAAACCAACAGCAUUUGUAUCCAA